UCCCUCACCCACACACACGCAAUGUCACUGGAAGUUGCCUUUCGCCGGCUGGCCAUUCGUCCCACGCCGCCAUACCACCAAUGCCGACGCUCCAUUUCGACGACUCCGAUCUCGCGACAGCAGCAGAACAACGCGACGGCUGUUCUUGCUGAACAACUCCGGGCCAGCUCCUCGCAGUCGACAUCGACAUCCACAUCCACAUCAGCAUCACGGGCCAAUCCACCCCGACCCGCCGAUGCCCUCUCCUCCCUCGACUCGACAUCCACCUCUACCCCUACCUCAUCGGCCGGCUUCUCGCUCGCUCGCGGCGCAAUAGGGAUCGCUACGGACCCCCGCCGUGAACAAGCCCAGCGCCAAAUGCUUCUCGAUGCGUCCCGCGGCUGGGAUCGUGGAGACCUCGAACGUCAAGCCGUCCAUCGCCGCUGGAAAGCCGGCGAUGUCUACGCCCCUCAUGAUCUGACGGGGGCAGAAAUGGCCAAAUGGAAGAAAGCGCGCCGACGCCCCAAGCCAAAGGUGGAUGUCGUGGAUUCUUUGGGCUUGAAGCCAAUCGACCAUUACAAGAACUUUUCCAUGAUGUCAGAGUAUAUGACGGAGAUGGGGAGGAUUAAACACAGCAACGAGACGAAUCUGAGACCGGUGAAUCAGAGGCGUAUGGCAAAGGCUGUGAGGAGGGCGAUCGGUGUCGGGAUCUUGAUGCCGAGUACGCAUCGACAUCCCGAGAUUUUGAGGAUGGAAAUGAAUUGGGGGACCAACCGGACGGGUUAGGACUGGAAGUUGAGGAACAAGAGGGAGGCAUCGAGAUGUACAGUCUGGGUGAUAGGGCGAGAUAUGUGAAUAAGUCGAGGAUUGAACGCAUCAGGUGCCUUGAAGGGCUUGCGCUUGCUAGGCUGUUUCGAGGAGAUCGAGGUCAACAGCAGUUGCUGCAACGCUUCUUGGUGUCGGGGAAAGUCCAGACACGCCACUCCUGCCGUGAGCCUCCAUUUAUCUUACGAGCAGACUUUCAACGCUUUCUCGCUGCCAUUGUUUCUCAGUGCGCACCCCAAAAUCUUUACAGCCUUCCAAGACAUAAGAGACCGAUUCUUUCUGACGUUCACAUUCAUCUGAACGGCCCACCACUACAUACAAUGGACUAUAUCGCAGCAACAGAAGUCACCAGUUUGGACUGUUGGCUCUUCUCCAUCUUUUUCAUCAUGGGACUCGUCGUCGGAUUCUAUUUGAGCAAGCUUCGGCUGCACGUCAUGGACAUUCGCAUACGCCAAUGGGAGCUAGAUGCAGCAAGGCGACGCAAUGUACAGCUUCAGUUGACACCUUCCCAAUCAACUGAGAAGACCGUGCUGAAAGCGCAAGCAGGAAAGUGUGCUUCCACAGUACGAAGUGCGCGGCUCAAUCUGUCGAGAGAGGAAUGCAACAGCAAAAUCAAGAGCUUCAGGAUUCGACGGCGGACUGAUUGCAUGAGCCAUCAGGGAUUCCUUCUUUCGAUCGCUUUCGCAGAGUGCACAAUUCGAGAAGGGGUUCGUUCUCGAAUUCUUUCGAACCAAUGUUGCUAAGGGUAGCGUGAACGAGCAGAAGUGUAAGCGGCAGAUCUCUGCAACUUCUCGAUCACCAGAACAGGUUACCUGCGAAGAGUAUCCGUAGCUUGCUUGCUAUGGCCAUGGGGAGUUCUGACAAUAGCGGCGUGUCCAUAGCAUUUGGUUCCAAUCGACGAGCAGUAUCUUCCUGUUGCA